AUGCGGAAUCUCGAGGACUGCGACUCAGGACUGGCCAUCCUAACUGUCUGGGUCACCUCAGCCGUUUACUCGACGCCCAAGUUCGUUUUCAGCAAAACUAUUAAAAAUAUACACACUGAGGAUGGGCAGGAGGAGGAGAUUUGUGUGCUGGAUCGCAAGAUGUUCAAUUCACAAUUGCUGGAUAUGAUCAAUUUUGGACUGCUCUACGUAAUACCGCUGCUGGUGAUGACGGUGCUCUAUAGCAAAAUUGCGGUCGCUUUGUGGCGCAGCUCACAUGGUCUCUCGCAUCAUUUAGUCACACAGCAUCAGCAGCAGCAGCAACAACAACAGCAACAGCAGCAACAACAAGACGAAAGCAUGAGCUUACAUAACAGCAUGUAUCAUCAUCAACAUUCACAACACCAUAAUCACAAUCAUCACCAUCAUCAUCAUCAUCCGCAURCGCAACAACUACAACARCAUAAUCAUCAUAUGUCCUAUAAUCAUCAUACAGCACAGACAACAACGACACUGCACAACAUCAGUCAUCAUMCGAAUCAUUUGCAACMGACACACGCGGAGCAACAGUUGCCCGGCGCUGAGCUGACGCACACCACCGUUGUGGGCGUGGUGGGCAUGGGUAGUCUGAGUGGUUGUGGCGCUGGUGGCGGUGGCGGUGGCGGUGGUGUCGUUGUCACCAAUAUGACUAGCGGCUUGUUGUCGCGCAAGCAGAGCAGCAAGUACGAGAAGCGUGGCGUCAGCAUCACCGAGAGCCAGGUUUCACUGGACUCMGAACGCCCCAUUGUAUCGGCCUGCCGCAACGGCAGCAAUAACAACGGCAAUGGCAGUAGCGGUGGCAUCAGUGGCGGCAGCAUGAAUAGCACACAUAAAACGAGCGCGCGUCGCUCACAUGUCGCACUCGUCGAAUAA